AUGGAGAAAUCAUUUCUCUUCACUCCGUCGGACGUGCUUGACCACUUCAAUGUCUCAGAGCAUACUGGCCUGUCUCAGGAGGCUGUGCUGAUAUCAAGAAAGAAAUAUGGUCCAAAUGCUCUGGAAGAAGAACCUCCGACCCCGCUCUGGGAAUUGGUACUGGAGCAAUUCAAAGACCAGCUUGUCCUCAUCCUGUUGGGUUCCGCUGCUGUCUCCUUUGUCUUGGCUCUGUUUGAAGAGAGUGACGAUUGGACUGCUUUUGUUGACCCGGCCGUGAUCCUGACCAUUUUGAUCCUCAACGCCGUGGUUGGUGUGACCCAGGAAAGCAGUGCGGAGAAGGCUAUUGCCGCUCUCCAGGAAUACUCCGCCAAUGAAGCCAAAGUCGUUCGUGAUGGAAAGAUUCAGCGUGUGAAGGCUGAGGAUCUGGUGCCAGGAGAUGUGAUUCAGAUCGCUGUCGGUGACCGUGUCCCCGCCGAUUGUCGUCUACUCUCCAUCCACAGUAACAGCUUUCGUGUCGACCAGGCCAUCCUGACCGGCGAGAGUGAGAGUGUCGGAAAAGAUACCCUUGUCGUCAAAGAUCGUCAGGCUGUGAAGCAGGAACAACUGAACAUGCUUUUCUCGGGAACUACUGUCGUCAAUGGCCAUGCCACUGCUCUCGUUGUAUUGACUGGUGGAUCCACCGCUAUCGGUGACAUCCAUGAUAGCAUCACCUCCCAAAUCUCCGAACCCACCCCGCUGAAGAAGAAGUUGAAUGACUUUGGUGAUAUGUUGGCCAAAGUGAUCACCGUUAUCUGUGUUGCAGUCUGGCUCAUCAACAUCGAGCAUUUCAACGAUCCCGCCUUCGGUGGCUGGACCAAGGGUGCCAUUUACUACCUAAAGAUCGCAGUCUCGCUUGGUGUUGCGGCUAUUCCUGAGGGUCUCGCUGUGGUUAUCACCACCUGCCUCGCUCUGGGAACUCGCAAGAUGGCCCAGAAGAAUGCUGUCGUUCGCUCCCUGCCCUCGGUGGAAACUUUGGGCAGCUGCAGCGUAAUUUGCUCUGACAAGACCGGAACUUUAACCACCAAUCAGAUGAGUGUUGAGAAAAUCGUAUUCAUGAACAGCCUUGGCAGUGGCCUUGAUGAGAUCAAUAUUGAAGGCACUACUUUCGCCCCUGAGGGCAAGCUGACCCUCAAUGAGAAGAUUGUCGAGAAUCUUGCUGUUUCCUCCUCUACUGUGCGACAAUUGGCCGAAGUCACUGCCCUCUGCAACGCUGCAACCCUUGCUUAUGAUGCCAAGACCGGUGCGUUCUCGAACAUUGGUGAACCCACCGAGGCAGCCCUGCGCGCUCUGGUUGAGAAGAUUGGUACUAGCGAUGCCGCUACCAACGAAAAGCACUUCAGACUUCCUGUAUCUGAGCGAUUGCACAAUGCUAGCGCCCACUAUGAAUCCCUCCUCCCCGUCCAGGCCACAUAUGAGUUUUCUCGUGAUCGCAAGAGCAUGUCAGUCCUUGUUGGCAAGGGCACGGAACAGAAGCUUUUGGUCAAGGGUGCUCCUGAAUCUAUCUUGGAGCGCUGCUCGUACGUUUUGCAAGGCUCCGAAGGAUCGCGCGUCUCUCUCACCAAGGCCCACUCUAAGCUGCUCUCCGAAGAAGUUGUGGAGUAUGGUAACCGUGGUCUCCGUGUAAUGGCUAUCGCAAGCGUGAGCAAUGUUUCUGGCCAGGACCCUCUGUUCAAGAACGCCACGUCUUCCGAGGACUACACCAAACUGGAACAGAAUAUGACUCUCAUUGGUCUUGUUGGUAUGCUGGACCCUCCACGCCCCGAGGUUGCCGACUCUAUUAGAAAGUGCCACGCUGCUGGUAUCCGUGUCAUUGUUAUCACUGGUGACAACCCCAGCACUGCCGAAUCUAUCUGUCGCCAAAUUGGUGUGUUCGGACCCGACGAGAACCUUGAGGGCAAGAGCUUCACUGGUCGGGACUUUGACGCUUUGAGUGAAAGCCAGAAGAUCAAAGCUGUUCAAACUGCAUCUCUCUUCUCUCGUACCGAGCCUACUCAUAAGUCUAAGCUGGUCGAUCUCCUUCAGUCCAUGAAUCACGUUGUUGCCAUGACUGGUGAUGGUGUCAACGAUGCUCCCGCUCUUAAGAAGUCUGAUAUCGGUGUUGCCAUGGGCACUGGAACUGACGUUGCUAAACUCGCUGCCGAUAUGGUCCUUGCAGAUGAUAACUUCGCUACCAUCACCAUCGCGAUUGAGGAAGGCCGCUCCAUCUACAGCAACACCCAGCAAUUCAUUCGAUACCUCAUCUCUUCUAAUAUUGGUGAAGUUGUGUCUAUCUUCCUGACUGCUGCCCUGGGCAUGCCCGAGGCUCUGAUUCCCGUUCAGCUGCUGUGGGUCAACCUUGUUACCGAUGGUCUUCCUGCCACCGCUCUGUCUUUCAAUCCUCCUGACCAUGAUGUCAUGAAGCGUCCUCCUCGUCGUCGUGACGAGGCGCUUGUCGGUGGCUGGUUGUUGUUCCGCUACAUGGUUAUCGGUAUCUAUGUGGGUGCUGCCACUGUCGGUGGUUACGUCUGGUGGUUCUUGUACAACUCCGAGGGUCCCCAGAUCACCUUCUCGCAACUGUCCCACUUCCAUCACUGCUCUGCGCAGUUCCCUGAAAUUGGUUGCGAGAUGUUCUCCAAUAACAUGGCCAAGUCCGCCUCAACCGUCUCCCUCUCCAUCCUCGUGGUGAUUGAGAUGUUGAACGCCAUGAACGCCCUGUCCUCUAGCGAGUCCCUUCUGACAUUCUUCCUGAACAAUAACCCCAUGUUGAUCUAUGCAAUCACCCUGUCCAUGGCCCUCCACUUCGCCAUCCUCUACAUUCCAUUCCUGCAGGGUCUGUUUGCGAUUAUUCCUUUGAACUGGAACGAGUGGCAGGCUGUAUUGGCAAUUAGUGCUCCCGUCAUCGUUAUCGAUGAGGCCCUCAAGUUUGUCGAGCGCCGUCUGUACACUGUUCAUGUUUCCACUCCAGCCACACAGAACGGGGCUGUUGGGAAGUCUAAGCGGGCUUAA